GUGAUCGGGUGGUUUAUCCGUGCCGAUAGGUUAUUUGUACAAGCUAUUUCAAAAUGAGAUCAUUUGAUAUGGCGCAUAUAAUAAAACGGUUUAAUUGUUAAAAGUCAAAUACUCACAUUCGGUGUAAUCUAAUAGAUAGUUGGACAUUAGUGGAACUGUGAUAGAAAAGAAGGAAAUGCCGAAGCGAAACCUUCAGAUUCUAAUAGACAACCAAAAGACGGUUUAUUUUCCGGGAGACACGAUAACUGGACGUGUACAGUUCGACGUAGAUGAACCUCUUAAAGUAAGAUCCAUCGUUCUGAAAUUCGUGGGAUGGGCGAACGUUCACUGGACGGAGCAAAGAAGCAGCGGGAAAUCCUCUCACACGGUGCAUUUUAGAAGCCACGAGGACUACUUCAACUUCAGCCACACCCUUCUAAGCAGAGCCACUACCGGAUCAGACGAAAUCGUUUUAUCGCCGAAUUCCUACACCUACCCAUUUAGCGUUACGCUUCCGUACAACAUUCCGUCAUCGUAUGAGGCUUACAUCGGACAGGUGCGCUACAUUUUCAUUGUGGACGUUGACAUACCGUGGGCUUUUGAUAUCCACGCUAAACACAUGAUCACCGUGAUGGAUCCACUGGACCUGAAUACCAUUCCCAAUCUCGAGUCACGUGCAGAGAAGACUGACCAGAAGGUGCUGUGCUGUUGUUGCUGCGCAUCGGAUCCUAUUUCCGCUCACGUCCGCCUCGAGAGACAGGGCUACGUGCCUGGAGAGGAAAUUCCGUUUUGGGCCGAAAUCAACAACCAGAGUAACAGGACAAUGAGCUGCAGCAAAGCCCGACUUCUUAUGAGUGUCUCGUACCAUGCUACGUCUAAAACUCGAAUUGUACAAAACUAUCUCACCCAAAUCAAGCAUGGCGAGAUUGAAGGUGGCGGCACGGAAGCCUACGUCAACGAGAAACUUCACAUCCCUGUGGUCCCUCCUUCGUUCCUUAAAAACUGUAGGAUCAUUGAUAUCCGUUACUAUGUUGUGAUAACAGUAGACCCAUCCGGUCUCGGCUUCGAUCUUCACGUGCCAGUAGAAGUUGUGAUUGGCUCCAUUCCACUCCGAUCCGUUGCCCAGCAGCAUGGACUCGCACUUCCGGAUCGCCAGGCUCCUAUUGCCCCAAUCGCGAACCUGCCGCCACCGCCACCUCCCUACCUGGGAGCUCCCGCGGGACUCUACGAUGAUAUUGCGUAUCCUCCAGCACUUCCGCAAACGACGUUCGCCCAGAGUGCUCUCGGAGCUCACAGCACCGCGGAGGCAGGGGACACUGAGCACACCUAUGGAAACACGAACUUUGCACCCGUGUACACGUACUAUGACUGGAGCAAGCCGAGUAAUAACACUACUCAGUUUGAGAUCGAAGGAUAGAAUUACUCGUUUUGGUACCAAGUUUAAUAGCCGUGAACAUAUUGUAGUUAAAAGGUUUUAAAAUAUGUCUGUGUUUAUAUAUAGUUUUGUAUGCGCUCAUGAAGCAAUAAUCACAAUUUUAGCCAAAUACAUUACGCACAAUCCACUGUUUUUUUUUUCGUCAAUUCACGUAGCGUAUAAUGUGGUAACGGUAGCUGUGUAUAAUCAUUGUGAUUUUGUUUCUGUUUUUAUUUAUUAUAUAUGUAACAGUUUAUUUAUUUAAAGAAUUUAAUGGAUUUUUACUAGUAAAUCAGUAAUGCAUCGCAACCCAAUACAGAGUUUAUUUUAAUGAAAAAUAAUAAACUAUGUUGUGCAAAACAGUGCUAAUGAGGUGACAAACAAUGUACGUGUUUGGUAGUGCAUUGUGCCUUCUAUAACGACACCAUCCCAAUAAAUGUAAUAUGACGUUGAUCAGAAUUAAAAUUUGAUAUCGGUAUAAGUCAAUAAAUACUCAAUUUAGUUUAGCAUUCUCGUCAUGGUCGAUGUCGAUACACAAAACACAUGUAUACUUUUGCUGUCAAGUGAUUUUAUCCCAUAAUAUUUAUACCGACAUUGACGGUAUAACACCUCAUGUAAUAAACUAGUCUGUAUCCCAC